GCCUCUCCUAUUCUUGUUCCUAACCAAAGCCUUCCACAAAACUCAGCCCCUCACUUCAACUUCAAAACGUAACCCCAUCCUCCGUUGCCACUUUCUCUACCUCUCCCGGUACAUAUACAUUGAGAGUGUGAGAGUUUUGCAGAAGCAAUGGAGAUGGCUAUUGGGUUACACUCACAUACUCAUGUUCUCCCCUCUACUUUCUCCAUAUCAACAAAAAAUAUUGAAGCGAAAAGGAGAAACUUUGUCUAUAAUUUUUCUUUUUCUGGGCUUAAAAGAGAAAUUUUUGGUUGCAACUUAUCUUUGGUUAAGAAAUCGAGUUUUAAUGUUAAUUCGAGAAUCCCAUUUCGUAAUUCUGUCAGAUGCUCAGUUUCUCCCGCGACGGACACCGCCCCAGAGAAAAAGGGCCAGUUAAUGCGGAGAAAUGACAUACGGAAUAUAGCAAUUGUCGCUCAUGUAGAUCAUGGGAAGACUACACUGGUGGAUUCAAUGUUGAAGCAAGCAAAAGUGUUCCGUGACAAUCAAUUUGUACAAGAGAGGAUAAUGGAUUCAAAUGAUCUGGAGCGUGAAAGGGGAAUAACAAUACUUAGCAAAAAUACAUCAAUUACUUAUAAUGAUACAAAAAUUAAUAUCAUUGAUACUCCAGGCCAUUCUGACUUUGGAGGUGAAGUGGAGCGAAUUCUCAACAUGGUAGAAGGAGUUCUUUUAGUGGUACAUUCUCUCCUAGCUCUCUCAAGCUGAAGUUAUAUUUCCAGUUAUUGCAUGAUCUCAAACAUUUGAUCACUGUCUCUUUUGAUUCAGAUUUUCGUUCAAUAUGAAUGCUGAGCAUUUCAGCUAAAAAAAAAAAAAAAAAAAAAAAAAAAAAAA